AGAGUGCCUCGGAUCAAGUUUUACGAAGAAUAUGAAUCUGGAUCCAAAACCUGAGCUGUACUGUCUAGUCACGAUCUAAGCAAUGUCCUCAACACCGCUUGUUUGCCUUGACCAGCUAAAUGUCAACAUUCACAGCCGACCGACUGGCUUGAAAUGGAAGCACUGACGUUGCGAGGAUUCAUCAUGCAACUCGGUAGUCGUGCAGUCGAUCUUGUUCUGCCAUUUGGAAGGCAAAAGCGAUCAAUAGAAGGCAUAUGCCCUACUCGAUCAGACCAUGGGCAAGCAUGGCAUGUGAAUGUGGAUCAUUGUAGACGGGUCAACCCCCCCAUGAAAUCAUUGCAUGCGAUAGUCUCGCACAGUGACGACGAGGCCCUUGUAUAAAGCAGGCUGAACCCCCAUUGAUUCAGAGCAGGCAGACAGUUCUUUCUGUUCCAUCUCGACCAUGUUCUCGGAGCAAAUCACCAAGGCGGCUGGCUACCUCCUCACAGGCGUCGUCCUGUACAGCACCAGUAUCGUCUUCUACAACCUUUACAUCAAUCCUGUCAGCAAGUACCCAGGAUCAUGGCUCUACACUUCUACGCCAUUCCCACGCCUAUGGCUAUAUAUCAGCGGCCGUGAACCAUUUGUGGUAUUGGAUAUGCACAAACGCUACGGACCGAUCGUUCGCAUCGCUCCCAAUGAACUCAGUUUUAUAGAUCAACAAGCAUGGAAGGACAUCUACGGACACAAGAACAACAAUCCAAAGGACCCGACUUUCUAUCCCUUUGCUCCAGACACCAAGAACAGCCUCAUCUUGGCAAACGAUGAGGACCAUCACCGCAUGCGAAAGAUGUUCUUGCCCGCAUUCUCGGCUCGUGCUCUUAGAGACCAGAACGACAUGUUGAAUCACUAUGUGCGAAAAUUGGUCGAGGCCUUGAAGGAGAAGCAGAAGAAUGGCGAGAAGGUUGACUUGGUCAAAUUCUACAACUUUACUACGUUUGAUGUGAUUGCGGAUUUGUGCUUUGGAGAAUCUCUAGGACUGCUCGAAAAACAAGAGUACACGCCCUGGCUGCAAGGCAUCUUCGACCAAAUCUUCCUCGCUUGCUCAUCUCGUACUAUUCAAUAUUUCCCACUUCUCUGGAUGGUUGUGCAGAAAUUCAUGCCCAAGUCUCUCACCGAUGCUGCGAAUGCGUCGUUCAAACAUUCAUCUGACCGUGUGGACAAGAGAUUGGCUAUGGACACCGAUCGACCAGACAUCUUUGGUCUAGUGCUCAAGCACAAAGAUGGCGCUAACAUGUCACGCCAGAUGAUGUACUCGAAUGCCGAUUUGCUCAUGAUUGCUGGCACAGAGACUACAGCGACCAUGCUGUCUGGCUUGACCUACAACUUACUCCGCAACCCUGGCCCGAUGAAACGACUGACUGCAGAGAUCCGCGAGAGAUUCGCUAGUGAAGACGACAUCACUAUUGAUGAGCUGCCCCGUCUUCCGUAUCUGACCGCUUGCAUCGAGGAGGGCCUGAGAACGUACCCCUCUGUCGCCGAAGGCGUUCGUCGCAAGACAAAACCUGGCACUGCAACCGAAAUCUGUGGCCAGUGGAUCCCUCCAAAUGUUGGCGUGAGUGUGCCUCACUAUGCCGCCUACCACUCCGAGUAUAAUUUCGUCGAACCCGACUCCUUCAUCCCAGAGCGUUGGCUAGCCGAAGGUAUCGACGGCCACGACCCACGCUUCGCCGCAGACAAGAAAUCAGCAAUGAACCCCUUCUCCACAGGACCCAGAAACUGCAUCGGCAUGAACCUUGCAUAUCAUGAAAUGCGCCUCAUCAUCGCCCACCUCCUUUGGAACUUUGACCUUGAAGCCGACGGCGUGCCUCGAGAUUGGCUCAAGCAGGAGGUCCACGUCGUCUGGGACAAGAAGCCAUUGAUGGUCGGGUUCCGUCACCGUAGCAAAGUCACCUUCGAGACUACGACUUGAACAAAGCCGGUCAUCAGGUCUUCGAGUGCACUGAAUCAGAUACUCUCAUGUCAGAUGCCUGGACUGCGUGUAGACGCAGCCAUCUUUCAUCCUCUGAAUCCUAGCGACUUCCGGCAGAAAGAGACAAUUGAU